AUGAACGCGAUGUUGGCAAAGCUGAAGAAGAGAUUCAGCGGCGAAAAAUACCUCAGCGCUAAUUAUGCGCCCUAUCCGGGAGCGCUGAUCGACCGGCUGAAACAACUUAAUAAGAACAAAUUCUAUGAGCUCAGAAUUUCUGUUGACCAAAAUGCUUUCGACAAACUCAAUUACAUCUAUGCUGAUGAACAAGCGAAUGUGGAAACGGCCCUUCACAAUCAUCAGAUGACACACCGCAAUACCAUUGUUGUAAAACCCAAGUUUGAUACCUUUGGCGUGCCACACUCGAUGAAGGACCUAAAUUUCUGGACCGAACUGGACGGAACCCCUUAUCAUUCAUCGGAUGGAACAGUCGUAAAGUUCUGGACAAGUUUCACCCCUGUCGCGAUUGCCACUUCACAAGAGGUUGCAGACUGGAGUAAAUGGAAAGGAGGUAUCAAGGAUUUACCUCCUCGUUUGGCAUCCAAUUUGCAGUAG